UGGCCCUGUUUACAGUUAAGUCCUGUUUACAUGUAUAGUUUUUGUAUUUGACUAAUUUGAACAGGUGAUUGGUAAACUGAGUAGUUGGGUUUGGAACAAGUUGUAAAAAUGUUUGGAAAAUGUUAGAGGAUAAUCCUUUAUACAUGUCAGACAUACAUAUAUAAACAGAAUAACCAUUGGAGUUGUAGUUUUCCCAGUUACAAAAUGCCACGAAACCGUGCCUUCUCCGAGCCGGAGUAUUCUGCAGAGUACUCUGCUGAUUACUCUGUGAGCCUGCCCUCAGACCCAGAGCAUGGAGUGGGGCGGAACCAUGAGGUGACUGUGCGGAAUUCCGGUUACUGUUUGUGUCUGCCUCGAUUUAUGAGGCUGACCUUUGCCCCAGAGUCCCUAGAAAACCUCUACCAGACCUAUUUCCGACGGCAGCGUCAUGAGACCCUACUGGUCUUGGUCGUGUUUGCCGCGUUGUUUGACUGCUACAUCAUUGUGAUGUGUGCUGUGGUGUACACCAAUAACAAGCUGGCCUCCACACUGGUGGCCUCCUUUGGUCUGGUUGCCCACAUUCUCCUGUAUCUACUGUGCAAGUUUAGAUUGCUCCCAGACCGCAUCUCACGCAAGGUGGUGCCCUAUGCCCUCUGGAUCCUCAUCGCCGCUCAGAUCUUCUCGUACUUGGGGCUCAACUUUGCCCACUUCCACCAGGCCAGCGACACUGUGGGCUGGCAGGCCUUCUUCAUAUUCUCCUUCUUCCUCACAUUACCCCUCCGCCUUAUGCCCAUCGUGCUGAUAACAACUGUUUCCUGUGGAAUCCACACACUGGUCCUGGGAGUCACCAUAGCUCAGCAGCAGCAGGAGGCUAUAGAAGGGCUGGCGCUCGUCAGACAGUUGCUGGCGAACAUUGCUAUCUACAUGUGUGCCAUCUCGGUGGGGAUAAUGUCAUAUUACAUGGCAGACAGGAAGCACCGCAAAGCAUUUCUGGAAGCACGGCAGUCACUGGAAGUCAAGCUGAACCUGGAAGAGCAGAGCCAGCAACAGGAGCGGCUGCUGCUGUCCAUCCUGCCGAAGCACAUUGCUGAUGAGAUGCUGAAGGGCAUGAAACAGCAAGAGAGUCAGAAAGAGAUGCAGCAAUUCAAUACCAUGUAUAUGUACCGGCACGAGAACGUCAGCAUCCUGUUCGCUGACAUCGUGGGGUUCACUCAGCUCUCCUCCAUGUGCAGUGCCCAGGAGCUUGUCAAGCUGCUGAACGAGCUCUUCGCUCGCUUUGACAAGCUGGCCCAGAAAUACCAUCAGCUGCGUAUUAAGAUCCUGGGUGACUGCUAUUACUGUAUCUGUGGGUUGCCUGAUUACCGAGAUGACCAUGCUGCAUGCUCCAUUAUGAUGGGACUGGCCAUGGUGGAGGCAAUUUCGUAUGUGCGUGAGAAGACGAAGACAGAUGUUGACAUGCGUGUGGGGGUGCACACAGGGACGGUGCUGGGCGGGGUCCUCGGGCAGAAGCGCUGGCAGUAUGACGUCUGGUCAACUGAUGUCACUGUUGCCAAUAAGAUGGAGGCUGGGGGCAUCCCAGGACGGGUGCACAUCUCCCAGAGCACCCUGGAGUCCCUGCACGGUGAGUUUGAAGUGGAGCCAGGCGAGGGUGGCGAACGUUGUGAUUAUCUGAAGGAGAAGGGCAUCAAGACUUACCUAGUGCUGGUCCCAAAGACACCCCUCAACAAGAACGGUAUCACCGGAGUUAAGCUGUCGCUCACCUCGUCCAAUGGGAACUCUCCAUUACUAAUCAAUACCAAGGAGUGCAAUGGCAGCAUCAACACGACCUGCACCACCCCCGAUGAGGGAGAGGAACUUGACACACGGGUGGUAAACCCUUCGUUCCCCAACCCCCGGCGCCGACUGCGGCUCCGAGAUCUGGCAGAGAGGGUGAUUGAUGCUCAGCAAAAUGAGCAAGAGCUGAACAAGUUGCUCAACGAGGCCCUUCUGGAGAGGGAGACCGUGCAGGCGAUGAAGGGUAAGCACACAAACUGGCUGUCAAUGCGCUUCAUUGACCCCGAGAUGGAGACUCGCUUUUCUGUGGAGAAAGAGAAGCAGAGCGGCGCCGCCUUCAGCUGCUCCUGUGUCGUGCUGUUCUUCACUGCCAUCAUGGAGGCUCUCAUAGACCCUGCACUCAUUGCCAACUAUGUAACUUUUGUCGUCGGGGAGAUCCUGCUCCUGAUUCUUACAAUCUGCUCUCUGGCAGCCAUCUUCCCACGGGUAUUUCCCAAGAGGCUGGUAUCCUUCUCUACCUGGAUCGACCGUACACGCUGGGCGCGGAACACCUGGGCCAUGUCUGCAAUCUUUAUACUCACUAUGGCCGACAUCGUCGAUAUGCUGAGCUGCCUGCAGCCUCCCCACUCCACCUUAAAUGGGAGCUCGGUGGCAGUGAAGUUAGUGGCUGUUAUGGAAGACAGUGGCUGCAUGGCGAACCCCAAGUACUACAGCUACAUUGCAGUGCUGGCGCUCAUUGCCACCACCAUGCUGGUGCAGGUCAGCCACAUGGUGAAGUUAACCCUCAUGGUGCUGAUCACUGGGGCCAAUGGCGUAGUCUACAUCUACAGCUGGAGAGAUAUCUUCGACCAGUAUGACUACACGCGCUUCAGUACCUACACGGCCUCCAAUGUGCCUUCCAAGUACUCCAUGACUGUGAUGAUCUUCAUCAUGAUGCUGUGUUUCUACUACUUUGCUCGACAUGUAGAGAAACUGGCCCGCACACUGUUCCUGUGGAAGAUUGAUGUUCAUGACCAGAAGGAGAAGGUGUAUGAAAUGCGACGCUGGAAUGAGGCUCUGGUCACCAACAUGCUCCCGGAACAUGUGGCACGUCACUUCCUGGGCCACAGGAAAAGAGAUGAGGAGCUGUACAGCCAGUCUUACGAUGAGAUUGGGGUGAUGUUUGCCUCAAUCCCAAAUUUCUCUGAUUUCUACACUGAAGAGAGCAUCAACAAUGGAGGGAUAGAGUGCCUGAGGUUCCUUAAUGAAAUCAUCUCAGACUUUGACAGUCUUCUGGAUGAGCCUCAGUUCCGGUGCAUCACGAAGAUAAAAACCAUCGGUAGCACCUACAUGGCAGCCUCCGGAGUCACACCAGAUGUGAAUACCAAUGGCUACAACAGCAACUUCAAGAAAGAGGAGAUUUCAGAGAAGGAGCGCUGGCAGCACCUGGCAGACCUGGCAGAUUUUGCUCUUGCCAUGAAGGUCACCCUGAUGAAUAUCAACUACCAGUCCUUCAACAAUUUCAUGCUGCGCAUUGGUCUUAAUAAGGGAGCUGUGCUGGCUGGAGUGAUCGGCGCCCGGAAACCUCACUAUGACAUCUGGGGAAACACAGUGAAUGUAGCGAGCAGAAUGGAGUCCACAGGGGUGAUGGGGAACAUACAGGUGGUGGAGGACACUUCUGUGAUCCUGAGGGAGUACGGAUUCCGCUUUGUCCGCCGAGGCCACAUCUUUGUAAAAGGCAAAGGAGAGCUGCUGACUUUCUUCCUUAAGGGAAGGGAGAAGCAGGGUUCCUUCAUCAACGGCUCCUCCAUCACCCUGCCGCACCAAGUGGUGGAUAGCUCGUGAUGAGGCUGAGCCAGUACCACACAGCUCUGCACCACACUGGAUACUGAGCCGCGCCAAAGAAUCAGACAGAGACCAAGACUGACUCCUGCAACCAGACCAUAGAUAUGAAAAAACAUUUUAUAAAUCCUCUUUAAAACUAAUGAAUACAUUCAUUAUAAAAAAAGAACUUGGUUAAGUUAUAUCCUUGACACUUGACAAAGGGAUAAUCUGCCUAUUCCACACCUGCUUCUAGAGAUUAAAGAGCUUUUUGGAGAAUGUCCUCUUUCAAACUUCCUGCUGUAUGCAGAGGUUAUCCCACUACCCUGGAACUCAGUACAGAAAUAGAAAUAACAAAUCAACCAUUUAUCUUUGUCAGCGCCUUUGAACUACCUUAAGUGUCAGUUAACAUCAAGCAAGAAAGCAGUUGGAAAAAAUUGACAUUUUUUGCACAAGCUUGCAUUACUGACUUAAAAUGGGAUUGUUUAACUGCAGGGCUACCUGAUCCAGCAGGGCUAGCUCUCAACUCAUUCAAGCGGGAUGUUAUUUGUUGUAUACGUUUUCUUGCAGUUUAUUCCUCAAUCCCAGAUGGACGUGUAAUAUUUUGUUCUUCACAACCAAACUCGCUCCAUGCCUCUUUGACGAGCCACAUUUUUUCUAUCCAUAUUGUGUAUGCUCUUAUGCAAGUAGUAAACAGUUGAUAAAAAGAUAUAUACUGUACUGAUUUAGAUCUUAAAACAUUCUACUGUACACAAGCAUCACAUGUUGUUUUGAACCAGAACAAUCACAAAUUUUGAUCAGUCCAGGAACUUUAGGUUUAAGUAAAUUAGUUCUGAAUUAUGUCGUCUUUAAUAAUAAAUUGAACAGAAUAUGAUGCCACUCUGCGCUGGUCUGUGUGCACUGCUGCUUCUGCUCCCCUUUAUAUUCUAUUAUACAUACAAUAUAUUAAUAUAUUAAUAUAUAUUUAAAAAGGAACAAGAAAAGUUUUAUUAAAAGUUGAGAUUUAACUAUCCUGAUUGGUUUGUUUUUCUUAUAAUAUCUCAUUUGGUUUACAGAUAAAUCCACUCCUCUAAUGAUCAAUCCCAUAGAUCAGUACAGUGGUAAUCUGGAUUGUUAGUGCAGUAAUAAUUUCACAAGAAACAUAGCGCCAUAUUUGCAAAGCUUUAUUCCAGUUUAAGCCACACUGCUGGAAAAUGAUUAAAACUUGAAACAUUAAAUGAGCUGGGAUAUAUAUUCAAACAAACACUGCAAUGUAUUUUGUGGCAAAAAUGUCCAUAUUAAUUUCUAUAAAAGUGCCUUUGAAAGAGGUAUGGUAGUAGGUGCCAGGCGUGCUGGUUUGAGUGUGUCAAGAACUGCAAUGUUGCUGGGUCUUUC